GGCCCCGCCAGCUGAGAGCAAAACAGCGCCACUGUCAAAAGUGCGGCGUCUCAAACUGCUCUGAGUGCUCAUUGCGCGCGUUUUCGUCAACUCGGAUGAUUUCAACCGCACACGUCCAAAUAUCCAAACCCGAAUGUUACAGACUUAACGCGUGUUUGUUCCGACGCUACUUUUGACGACAGCCGAGUGUUUUGGCUAACAAGAAGCCGGGCUAGGAGUAGGAGCUAAUGCUAAAGCCGCUACUCUGCUGAGCGGCGUCCCAAAAUGAGCUGCCCGCUGAAUCUCCAGGCUCUGCCGGCUCAUGUUUUGCACCAAGUAUUGAGCCCCGAAGACGCUGGAAGAAGAUCCGUUGGGCGCUCCCUGACGACGUACAGCUUCCCCAGAUGCAGAACAUCUUUGUGGGACGGUCGCCCCACUGGAGAAAAACGCCGUCUUCAGCUCUGCUAUCACCGGAAGCCCCGCCUCCUGCUGAGCGAGAAGGCGCUACGUCUGGCCCGGCGUCACGUCCGCCGCUCGGACGCGUCGCAAGUGGACUGCUUCUUCCUGGGCACCGUGGACGUGGACGCAGACGAGGAGGGCGGCGUGACGGUGACGCUAGAGCGCUUCGAUCCGGGGCGGGCCGGCGUUCCCGCCGCUCCCGUGCCAGGGGACUUCCCGGUUCCUUGUUUGUUCUCCGGCCACGAGGACGCCGGGCGGUGGGAGGCGGAGCUCCAGCGUUCCGUCUCGGAGUUGCGGGCUGAUUUGAGCGGGCGACCUCUGGAUCUGCGUGAGUUGCUGAGGGUGAAAGGUCGCGUCAGCUGCCAGCAGCAGGGAGACGCCGACUCCUUCCGGCUAGACUGGUCUUGCGUCUGUCCCUCCGUACGCUUGGACGUGCACCCGGUCCGCCCUGUUCCCGUUGUCCCCACGGCGCUGCUCAAGAGUCUGACGGACGCCGGACGGCCCGUGCGCCGGCGAGGGUUUUUGACCAUGCAAGAGAACAGGAAGCUGCUGCUACUGCUCGAGACGGACCCCAACGCCGCCGCACGGCCGCUGGUCGGCAUCUGGCUGACCGGCGUAAACCGGGCGUCGAACCCUAAUGUGUUGGCCUGGUGUCUCCGCUUCCUCUUCGGCUCCGCCCUCCAAGACAGGGUCCUGUCGGAGGACGGCGCCUUCCUGCUGGUCCUCUUCGUCUCGCCGCGCGCCGCCCCGGAAUUCUUCCAGUGCAGACGUCCCGCUUCCGGUCCGCCGGACUGCCGGUUGUUGAGCGCCUCGCGCUACGUGACGCUCUACCAGCAGGCGGCACCGGCGGAAGGCCGAACUUUGGAGUUUGAGCUCAGUCCGGAAGAAGGAGACGACAGACGAGUCCGAGUGAUACGAGACGCUCCGAGCUCCUUCGGCAGCAGCGGCAACGCGGAGACCGUCAGCGAGCGAGAUUCCGGGGUGGAGGACCAAGACUGGUCGCCGCGACCUUCGCCGCGUCCGCACCUUCCCGCUCAUUGGGUUCCUCGAGUUCGCCCGGCGGUUCCCGAACUUUCCCUGUUGACGGACGGCGGCGAGAUGCGGGCUCCUCCCCUGGAAAUCGCCGCUCCGGCCACUCCUCUUUUCCACAGCACCCCCGAUCCCCGCCCGCCUCGCGACGGCCCCGAGUUGCCAUCCGGGCCGCCUCGCCCCGCCCGCUUAUCCUGCGACGGCCACGAGUGCAUCCUCUUGAGUGACCAGAAGCUCCGCCUCUUGCAGGCUCAGGUUCAGAAGCUGCUGGAGGCUCAGGAGAUUCCCCCGUUCCGCAACGCCGCCCCUCCCACCGCCAGUGUCGCCGUGGAAACAGGCGCCAGUCUCCUGUGGGCUUCUCAGACGCCGACGAAGCCUCCGUCCCCCGCCUCGCGAGCGCCGCCCACUCCUCCCUCGGCGGACGGCGGCAGGACGCCGCUUCGUGCCGAGCGUGACGUCUAUCGCCAACUCAUGACGCAGCUGAACCGUCGUCUGCGGGGAGCGGACGGCGAUAGACGGGAAGCGGACGGGGGAGGGGCCCGACAGAUGAGAGCCAGGGACGGCGGCCACGAUGUCGUCGAGGUUUCCGGGGACUUCGCGUGCGGCGGCGGGGCCCGUCCGGACGGGAGCGCCAUCUCGUUGGGCUACGCUAAGCCGCGGGAGCCCGGCCUUCGGCCCGACCCGGCGCCGAUCUCGCCCAGCGACAUGACGGCGGCGACCGCCGAUUACAUGCGGCGGCACUGCUUCUUUCCCGCGUCGUCGGAGAACGCCGACGGCCCGGCGAAGGGCCGCGUUCUGGACAUCGAUCGUCUCAAGCGAUUGCCCAAACUCCUCUAAGUACCUUUUAUGUGUCCUAAUAAAGUUGUUUC